AUGCUGCCAAAAAUUAAACGCCUGUUUCGUCGGGGCUUUCGGGCCUUGAGUAGACCUACCGAGACCGUGCCUUGGAGCAACAAAGAGAACCUGCCCUCGGGCAACAAAGAACUCUCGCCCCCGGGCAACAAAGAACACACCCCUCCCUCCACUCCAAAGGUGAGCCAACAGACAUCGAGCUCCCGCCCCAUCAGAAGAUGGCUUGAGAACGUGACUCUCCCUGUCAAUGGGUCUCUCAUCAACAGGGUGCGACCCAAAGUCGAUAAUAUCGACUUUCACAUCAACUUCUCUAGUUCAGAAUCAAGAUCCACUCCAGCCUGGUUCAACGACACUUGGGACAACGACCCCGAGAUUCAACGUUUCCUGUGGGAGUACGAGGUUCUCCACGCCACCAACUCACAUCCUUCUCCCUCUCCUGGUACCUCGGUCCUGCCACAACCGGCGGUUGCAGCUCCUCCCCUCGACCAUCCCGAGGAGCCGGCAAGCUUCUCAUCGCUGAACACCAUGCCUGACACGGUUGUUCAGCUGAAACAACAGGGUCAGCUUUUGGCCUCGGCCCAAAAACGGGCCUUCUUCCCUGAUGACACGGAGUCCCAUUACCUGGCUAAGCGAGUUAAACUCGAGCCAGAGGGAUCUGCGACAAAGCGCAAGCGGCCCGAGGACACUGAUGUCAGUGAGGACGACAAUUGGGACUCUGAUCCCCCCACCUCGCCUGAGUACAAGAUUUCCAGUGCGAGUGAUGGGGGUGGUAGUGAUACCAGUGGCUCUGCUUCCUUGCCAUCCGCGAAGCGAGUGAAGAGGGCUGCUUUUCAUCCCUCUGCCAGUAAUGGCCGCCCGCUGAAGCCCAAGGCCAAAAAGGCCAAGAGGAAGAAGAAGAAUAUGACAUGGGAUUCGGAUAGGUCAAUGUCUGAGCCAAGUGACCUUGACUACGAGAGCGAGGAAGAAUACUUUAUUCUGGCAGGGGAGCGCGACGAUGAGCUACUCAAUAAUAAGCUGACCCGAGAAAGGGCAAAGCGCCUACUUGAAGCAGUCGAACUUCCCCAAGGCCACGACCUGUCACCAGACGAACAGCGGACUGCCCAUCAACUUCUUGCUCGUGGCUGCAUGCCAACCAUUCACAGACACUGGGAGAAAGAUUUCUCCACCCUUCCAGAGUCACUGUUCUUUUCUGGAAAAGACGACGAAACUCAACGUAACGAAUCUCACUUUGUCCUUGAAAACAAUAAGUGCUCCGAGUUUUACGCGAUUCGGGCCUUUCAAGAGCUUUUAAAGAUAUGUGGCAAUGUGAGGGACUACUGCAAUAUUCUUGACAUCGGUCCUGGGAUUUACAUCAAGAAGUCGAUAGAGAAAUACCUGCGCUGGGCAUUGAGCGACGCCGGUGUCAGAGUCCAGCCGGAAACACCCCCUGUGCACAUCAUCUACUGCCAAAAUCAGGACGAAGAGCCAAAAGAAGCCUUUAGCAAGGUUGCUAAAACAUUAGAGAAGCUAUCAAAUACCUGGCAGAGCCUACUUGCUGCACCCCAUGACGGCGAAGCAGCCUGGCCGGCAUUGAUGGGACUUGUUCUCUGUGGACCUGUUCUUUCUGUUAUUUCUCUUGACACCAAUCCCAAUCCUCAAACCCAGACACAAGGAAUCAAGUUCCUAGGUCAUUUCGACCUUUCAGAUUUUGAUAAUGAUGUUUGGAACACCCUCGCUGUCGCGAUCAUCGUCAUGCACAUCAAAAGAACUGUGACCAAACUUGCGAAAGCCUACGAUCACAGAUUUGUGGCCUCGAUCGUUGAUGACCCUGCCAUGGGUUCCCCAGAUCUUGAUCAUUAA